AUGUCUUUUACCAGAUCUGCAGGCAUGUCCUUUGCCCAACAAGGCAUCUUUUCUCUGCGUCCGGCUGUUGUUUCUUCUUCUUCUCGGAUACUACUUCAACGUUCAGCAGCUCCUGCUGUCGCCUUUUUCAGCACAAGCCCUGUUGCUCGAUCUAACAUUGGGUCGAGUCCUAUCACAAUCCCAGAAACAGUGAAAGUUGUUGUUUCUGAUAAGCAGAUUGAUGAGAUCUCGCGAUUGCGCAUGGAGAUUAAUUCAAAGCGUCGUGGCAAACCAGUCAUUAACCUGACGCAACAGGCCCUGGUCAAGGGCCCUCGCGGCGAACUUACUAUUGAUCUCGCAGAUUUUGUCAAGCUUGAUAUCGAGGACCUGCACCACAGCGACUCACCAGAAAGUGCAGGCGAUGCACUUAAGAAGGUUACGGUGCGCGUACGUGACGAAAAGGAUAAGCCUCAGCGCUCCAUGUGGGGUACUACACGAUCGCUUCUUAACAAUGGCAUCAUUGGUGUUACUGAGGGCCACAUUGCCAUCAUCAAGUUUGUGGGUACUGGUUUCCGUGCAUCUCUUGAGAAGGAUGCUGCUCAGAACAAUAGGGAGUACAUCUCACUCAAGGUCGGCUACUGUGUGCCUAUUCGUGUUGAUAUCCCUGAGGGAAUCAAGAUCCAGCUGCCAUUGCCUCACCGCAUGAUUAUUGAGGGCAAUGACAAGCAACAAGUCAAACUGCUGGCUGCUGAGAUUAGAAAGCACAGAAAGCCUGAGCCUUACAAGGGUAAAGGUAUAUUUGUUGAUGGUGAGACCAUCAAGCUUAAGGCCCGCAAGAUUAAAUAA